GCAAUGGAAAAAGGAAACCAAACCAGAGUGUCCGAAUUUCUCCUCUUGGGCUUCUCAAGUUGGCCAGAGCGACAGGCUCUCCUCUUCGUACUUUUCCUGUGUCUCUACUUAACAGGGCUGUUUGGAAACUUGCUCAUCUUGUUGGCUAUUGUCUCAGAUCGCCGCCUCCACACACCUAUGUAUUUUUUCCUUGCCAAUCUGUCUGUGGUAGACCUCUGCCUUCCUUCAUCUACCAUCCCCAAGAUGCUGCUGAACAUCCAAGCACAGACUCAGACCAUCUCCUAUCCUGGCUGCCUGGCUCAGAUGUAUUUCUGUAUGACGUUUGCCAACGUGGACAAUUUCCUUCUCACAGUAAUGGCAUAUGACCGCUAUGUGGCCAUCUGUCACCCUUUGCACUACUCCACCAUUAUGACUCAGCUCCUUUGUGCCUCUCUGGUGUCUGUGUCUUGGGUCCUUGCCACUUUGAAUCCCCUCUUGCACACCCUUAUGCUCACCCGUCUGCACUUCUGCUCUAACAACAUCAUCCACCAUUUCUUCUGUGAUAUCAACUCUCUCCUCCCCCUCUCCUGUUCUGACACCAGUAUCAAUCAGUUCAUAGUUCUGGCUGCAGUGGGGCUGAUCUUCAUGGUACCUUCAGGGUGUAUCAUGGCAUCCUAUAGCCUCAUCAUCUCUGCUGUGAUUAAAAUCCCUUCCACCCAAGGAAAACUCAAGGCUUUCUCCACCUGUGGAUCUCACCUUGCCUUGGUCAUUCUUUUCUAUGGCGCAAUUACAGGAGUCUAUAUGAGCCCCUCAUCCAACCAUUCAUCUGAAAAAGACUCAGCCACAUCAGUAGUCUUCAUGGUCGUAGCUCCUAUGUUGAAUCCCUUCAUAUACAGCCUAAGGAACAGUGAGCUGAAGGGGGCAUUAAAGAAGGCUAUGGGCCAGACCAAAACCUUCUCCCAGUGA